GCUGCCCCUUCCGCGGCCGCAUAGGAACCGCGGGGCCGGCCGGGCUGUGCGGGGCGGUGAGUCCCGGCGGGGGGGCGGGCCGGGUCGGGGCCAUAAGGAGCGCAGCGGGGCGCGGGUGCGGGCGCUGCAGCGGGGGCAGGUGGAGUGUCCUGUUUUGUCGCCAAGAUGUGGCCGUCCGUGUCCAUCCUGUGUAUCCUGGUAGCCUUCGCCAAUGCUCGCAGCGUUCCUUACUACCGUCCUCUCUCCAGUGACUUGGUCAACCACAUAAACAAGCUCAACACCACCUGGAAGGCAGGGCACAACUUCUACAACACCGACAUGAGCUAUGUGAAGCAGCUCUGUGGCACCUUCUUGGGUGGACCCAAGCUCCCAGAGAGGGUAGAUUUUGCUGGAGAUAUGGAGCUGCCUGAUAGCUUUGACUCACGGACACAGUGGCCCAACUGUCCUACCAUCAGUGAGAUAAGAGACCAGGGCUCUUGUGGCUCUUGCUGGGCUUUCGGUGCUGUAGAAGCGAUUUCGGACAGAAUCUGCGUUCACACGAACGCCAAGGUGAGCGUGGAGGUCUCGGCGGAGGACUUGCUGUCAUGCUGCGGCUUCGAGUGCGGGAUGGGGUGCAAUGGUGGUUACCCCUCCGGCGCAUGGAGGUACUGGACAGAGAAGGGGCUUGUGUCUGGAGGACUCUAUGAUUCCCAUGUGGGCUGCCGUCCCUACUCCAUCCCACCCUGUGAGCACCAUGUCAACGGCUCCCGGCCACCCUGCACUGGGGAGGGGGGAGAAACCCCUCGGUGCAGCCGCCACUGCGAACCCGGCUACUCGCCCUCGUACAAGGAGGACAAGCACUACGGCAUCACAUCCUACGGUGUCCCUCGCAGCGAGAAGGAAAUCAUGGCUGAGAUCUACAAGAACGGCCCAGUGGAAGGAGCCUUUAUUGUCUAUGAGGACUUUCUGAUGUACAAGUCUGGUGUCUACCAGCACGUGACCGGCGAGCAGGUUGGUGGCCACGCAAUCCGGCUCCUGGGCUGGGGGGUGGACAACGGCACUCCGUACUGGCUGGCGGCCAACUCCUGGAACACCGACUGGGGGGACAACGGCUUUUUCAAAAUCCUCCGAGGAGAGGACCACUGCGGCAUUGAGUCUGAGAUCGUGGCCGGCAUCCCCAGCACGGAGCAGUACUGGAAGAGGGUGUAACCUUGAUCAAACCACAAAUAAUCCUGAGUCCUCAAUGCUUUUAACUGAUAGCAGGUUGGGUACAGAACCCCCUCCUUACCUCCCCCCAAGAGACUAUAGUUGAGGUUACUUUAUUAAAGCUUUUUAUCUUUUUAUUUUUAAUUUUAUUUUUAAUUGUAUGGUGGAGCUGGAGCUGCUUUCUGCAAGCUCCUGGUGGGUCACAGCUAUGGGGCUUAAAGGACUGCUUGAGGGCUCACUGGCCUCUUGCACUGUAGUAUUUGGUUAGCCCAUGGUAUUUGGGUAGCCCAGACCCCUUCCAGCCCAGUUUGUUACUGGGAAGAAGCAGUAGGUUUGUGCUGGUACCGGGGACUUGAUGGGGCAGUGGAGAUGGACCCAGGGUGAUUUGUGCAGCCCUGGCUGGGUUGGUCAGACUGUUAAGGCAGGGGAUGUUAGCGUGUGCCUUGAAUUGGCUAAACUUAGACCUUUUAAUGACAAAAUACUGACAAACUUGAUGCGGGGCUGGCUCUGGCCUGAGCUGUGUUGAGGCCCCUCCUGCCUGCAGCAAGUCCUUUGUGCAUCGCUUGCUCUGCUCCAUCCUCUCAGCUGCUUUUUAAACCACUUGUUUCUCUGCUGGUUAUUAGUUGUUUUUCUUUCUCUGCUGUAGUCUGGGGUAAUUGAUCCUAGAGAAGGGCCUGGCUGGAGCUCCAUGAGCCUUUGAGCAGAUGUCCUGCAAGCAUCUUAGGAGCAUGCUGGAAAGAGGAAGACACUUAUCCAUAGAAUCAUGAAAUAAUUUGGGUUGGAAGGGACCUUUGAAGCUCAUCCAGCCCAACCCCUGCCAUGAGCAGGGACAUCUUCACCAGCUCAGGUUGCUCAGAGCCCCGUCCAGCCUGGCCUGGGAUGUCUCUAGGGAUGGGGAGCUCGGUGUGUGCAGCGGGUCAUGCAUCCAAAAUAAGUGUGGGGCUUUGGGGCUGAACGCUGAGCAGAGAUAAGGGAUGUUCCCCGUGUCAGCUGCAGGUGCUUGGGGGUAUUUUGCUAACUUGCACACUGUUGAAGCUUUUUUCUUCUUUUUUAUUUUUAGCCACAGGCAUUAAGAAAGAAGAAAAAAAACUUUAUUUUUAUUAUGGGGGGAGGUAUAAUAGCUGUGUAGGAGGAAUCAUGUGAUUUGCCAACACUAAUAUAGUGAAAGAGCUUUCUUUUUUACUUUUAAAGCACAAAGUAUGUUGCUGAGCUGAGGCUACGGGCCUGAGCCAUGCGAACAAGCUCUCGCUUGCACUGUAAAAUAGCCCCUUACCUCUGCUUACUGUCCCCAGUGAGACAGAGCUGUGGUGUAUGUGAAUGGAACAACUGUGCCAAUAAAUGAUUUCUCCAA